CCCUUAUACUCAACCACACAAAAAUGGGCCAAGCUCCGUCGUCUCCGGCGGAUUCAAGCGUACGCGAUACUUCUUUAUGGCUCUAUUCACCGGAAUUUCUCGAUUGCGAAUCGAUUGGUUUCGAAGACGGAGAUUACGAUUUCACGGCAAAUCUACCAGACGAUUGCCUCGCUCAUGCCUUUCAAUUUCUCAGCGCCGGAGAUCGAAAACGAUGCUCUCUCGUAUGUAAACGGUGGUUAUUCGUCGACGGUCAAAAUCGUCACCGGUUAUCACUUGACGCUAGAGCUGAGAUUCUCCCUUUCUUGCCUUGUAUCUUCAAUCGGUUCGAUUCCGUAACAAAGCUCGCUCUUCGUUGUGAUCGGAGAUCUUUUAGCUUAAGCGAUGAAGAUUUAGUCGUAAUCUCGAUUCGUUGCUCGAAUCUGAUUCGAGUCAAGCUUCGUGGUUGUCGAGAGAUCACGGAUCUAGGUAUGGAAUCAUUCGCUAGAAACUGUAGGAACUUGAGGAAGCUAUCGUGUGGCUCUUGUAAUUUCGGUCCAAAGGGAUUAAACGCGAUGCUUGAGCAUUGCAAGGUUCUUGAGGAGUUAUCUGUGAAGAGAAUCAGAGGAAUUCAUGAAUUGGCUGAGCCAAUUAAGCUGAGUUCGUCUUCUUCACUUAGAACGAUUUGUUUGAAGGAGCUUGUUAAUGGUCAGGUAUUUGAAUCUUUGGUUGCUACAAGAACUUUGAAAAAACUUAGAAUCAUUCGUUGUUUAGGUGAUUGGGAUAGAGUUCUUGAAAUGAAUGGAGAUGGGAAUAGUUCUUUGACUGAGAUUCAUCUGGAGAGGCUUCAAGUGAGUGAUGUUGGACUCUCUGGUAUAUCUAAAUGUUCAAAUUUAGAGACUUUGCAUAUAGUGAAAACCCCUGAAUGCUCGAAUUUAGGUUUAGCUAGUGUUGUAGAGAGAUGUAAGUUCCUGAGAAAGCUUCACAUUGAUGGUUGGAGGAUUAAGAGGAUUGGUGAUGAAGGUUUGAUGUCUGUAGCUAAACAUUGCUUGAAUUUGCAAGAGCUUGUACUUAUCGGUGUUGAUGCGACGUAUAUGAGUUUGUCUGCUAUUGCUUCAAACUGUAAGAAGCUUGAACGGUUAGCUCUUUGUGGGAGUGGUACAAUCGGGGACACGGAGAUUGGUUGUAUUGCGGAGAAAUGUGUGGCGUUGAGGAAAUUCUGUAUCAAGGGAUGUUUGAUUUCAGAUGUCGGGGUCAAGGCGUUGGCUUUAGGAUGUCCUAAGCUGGUGAAACUGAAAGUGAAGAAAUGUAGAUUGGUUACAGGUGAAGUUAGGGAAUGGCUGCGUGAACGGAGGAUGACGUUGGUGGUGACUAUGGAUGAUGAUGAAACCAGUGGUGUGGGUAUUGUGGAUGGUGGUGAUCAGAGAGUUCUUGCGACGGUUGUUGAGGAGGAUCCGCUGCCGGUGACUGAUGGUGAUGGUGGUGCGGGGGUUGCAAGCGGUGGGAGAAUAGGGUUAGCUAUCUUAAAGACAAAGUUAGGGUUACUUGCAGGAAGGAACUUGGCUAUGCCUCGCCAAGCCAAUCGUCUUAUGAUUGAAAAGUUCAAGAAAGAAUCUCUGGUUAAUGACACUCCUGAGCAGAGGCUAGUUCGAUUGACCGUUGAGCAUCCGCAAUACAAUGUCGACUUUUCGUUUCAUUCAUACUCCAAGGACUGGUUUGUAUCCGAUGUUGGAAUGAAAAUGUCGAAUGUGAUGAUUUCAAACCAAAUGGUAGCUCUUGACUGUGAAAUGGUUCUUUGUGAAGAUGGGACGGAGGUUUCAAAGGUAAUAAGAAGAGUUGUGAUCCUUGAUGAAUUUGUGAAACCACACAAACCUGUUGUUGACUAUAGGACAACUAUUACAGGAGUUACUGCUGAAGAUGUCAACAAAGCUACUCUCUCUGUGGUUGAUAUACAGGAAAAAUUGCGACCGUUUCUCUCUUCGGGUACAAUUUUGGUAGGUCACAGUUUGGACCAUGACUUGGAAGUGUUGAAGAUAGAUCAUCCCAUAGUAAUUGAUACUUCACUUGUAUUUAAGUAUCCUAAUUCAACAAAGCGAAGAAGACCUUCUCUUAAUACCCUUUGCAUGUCUGUGUUGGGGUACGAAGUCCAAAAGCCCGGUGUUUCUCAUCACUGCGUACACGAUGCAGCCGCUGCGAUGAAACUUGCACUUGCUGUUAUAGAGAAAAGAGUUGACACAACAAUCACACUAACUAAAGAGAUGGUGGAGGCCGAGAAAUCAAGACUCUUUCUACAUAGAAUCCCUCACUAUCUGUCAUCUGAAGAGCUGAAAAAAGAUCUUUCUCUAAAGUUUUUCCCCAAAAAGAUUGCAGUUGAUGUUAAGCCAGCAAAAACACAGGGAGGUUAUUAUUGUGCAAUUGUUAUCUUCGGUAGCUCAGUAGAAGCAAAUCAAGCAUUUGAGAACAUUAAUGGAUACCAAGAAACGGUUCUUGAAGAGUUGGUGAAGCUAUUGCAGAGUCGAGAUUUGCGUGGCGAAAAUGGAAAUUGGAAGGAAUUUUUACAUGUUUACGACAAAAAUGCUGAAUCACCAAAUGACCCUUCGAGACGUUCUCAUGAUGAUUUGGUUCAGUUUCUGACAACUUUUAAAAAGAAAGAAGAUUUGCAAGUUUUGAAAUGUCACGCCAAUCAUCUUCUGAUUGAAAAGUUGAAGCAAGAAUCUCAAGAUGAAGACACUCCUGAGCAGAGGUUAGUUCGAUUGACCGUUGAGCAUCCGAAUUACGCGUUAGACUAUUCAUUCAAGCCAUACUCAGAGGACUGGUUUGUGUCCGAUGUUGGAAUGAAGAUGUCGAAGGUGAUGAAAUCAACUAAUAUGGUAGCUGUUGAUUGUGAGAUGGUUCUUUGUGAAGAUGGGACUGAGGGUUUAGUUAGAGUUGGUGUUGUAGACCGUGAUUUAAAGGUGAUUCUUGACGAAUUUGUGAAACCGGACAAACAUAUUGUUGACUAUAGGACAGACAUUACAGGGAUUACUGCUGAAGAUAUCGAAAAUGCUACACUCUCUGUGGCAGAUAUACAGGAAACUUUGCAGCCCUUUCUUUCUACGGGUACAAUUUUGGUAGGUCACAGUUUGAACAGAGAUUUGGAAGUGUUGAAGAUAGAUCAUCCCAAAGUAAUCGAUACUGCACUUGUAUACAAGUAUUCCAAUACACGAAAGCUCAGAAGACCUUCACUUAAUAACCUUUGCAAGUCUAUUUUGGGUUACGAAGUCCGAAAGACCGGCGUUCCUCAUGAUUGUGUACAUGACGCAGAAACUGCGAUGAAACUUGCACUUGCUGUUGUAGAGAAAAGAGUUGACACAACAAUCAAACCAUCUAAAGAGAUGUUGGAGGUUGAGAAAGCAAAACUCUUUCUACAUAAAAUCCCUAACAAUGUGCCAUCUGAAGAGCUGUACCAAGUUCUCUCUGGAAAGUUUACACUUGAUGUGAAGCAAGCAAAAACACAGGGACGUUACUAUUGUGCAUUUGUUGUUUUCGAUAGUUCAGAAGACGCAGAUCAAGCAUUUGAAAACGUUGAUGGAAUCCAAAUGACGGAUUCAUUGGGUUUGCCACAAAAAGUGGUCAUCGUUAAGCUGAGUUCGGGAUCAAGAGCUAGUAUAUAUGUCCGUAAAAUGGUUCAAGAUGAAUGAUGCAACCUAGGAUUAGAUUAACUAUAAUGUAACGUAUCAUUAUAAUUUAGGAGUUUGAGCUGGUUUGACGUUGAUUUAUAAAUCUAAGAGAACUUU